AUGGAAGCAACUGCUACAGGAGUGGCCAGUGCAGCUCUAGACCAGCCUGUGGCCAGUGUAGCUCUAGACCAGCCUGCAGCCAGUGUAGCUCUAGACCAGCCUGCAGCCAGUGUAGCUCUAGACCAGCCUGUGGCCAGUGUAGCUCUAUGCCAACCUGUGGCCAGUGUAGCUCUAGACCAGCCUGUGGCCAGUGUAGCUCUAGACCAGCCUGUGGCCAGUGUAGCUCUAGACCAGCCUGUGGCCAGUGUAGCUCUAGGUCAGCCUGUGGCCAGUGUAGCUCUAGACCAGCCUGUGGCCAGUGUAGCUCUAGACCAGCCUGUGGCCAGUGUAGCUCUAGACCAGCCUGCAGCCAGUGUAGCUCUAGGUCAGCCUGUGGCCAGUGUAGCUCUAGACCAGCCUGCAGCCAGUGUAGCUCUAGACCAGCCUGUGGCCAGUGUAGCUCUAUGCCAGCCUGUGGCCAGUGUAGCUAUAGGCCAGCCUGUGGCCAGUGUAGCUCUAGACCAGCCUGUGGCCAGUGUAGCUCUAUGCCAACCUGUGGCCAGUGUAGCUCUAGGCCAGCCUGUGGCCAGUGUAGCUCUAGACCAGCCUGUGGCCAGUGUAGCUCUAGACCAGCCUGCAGCCAGUGUAGCUCUAGACCAGCCUGUGGCCAGUGUAGCUCUAUGCCAGCCUGUGGCCAGUGUAGCUCUAGGCCAGCCUGUGGCCAGUGUAGCUCUAGACCAGCCUGUGGCCAGUGUAGCUCUAGACCAGCCUGUGGCCAGUGUAGCUCUAGACCAGCCUGUGGCCAGUGUAGCUCUAUGCCAACCUGUGGCCAGUGUAGCUCUAGACCAGCCUGUGGCCAGUGUAGCUCUAUGCCAGCCUGUGGCCAGUGUAGCUCUAGACCUGCCUGUGGCCAGUGUAGCUCUAGACCAGCCUGCAGCCAGUGUAGCUCUUGGUCAGCCUGUGGCCAGUGUAGCUCUAGACCAGCCUGUGGCCAGUGUAGCUCUUGACCUGCCUGUGGCCAGUGUAGCUCUAGACCAGCCUGCAGCCAGUGUAGCUCUAGGCCAGCCUGUGCAAUCCCAGUCUGUGAGGAGCUACUCUGUCCACUAUGAAAUCACGCAAGGUUUCAUGGUCUCAUUAGCAGGCAGGGUACCCGAUGAGCAGGAUGGUCUGGAGCUACAGCAUUUUUGCGUGAAGCAGCUUUAAAAGUAAACAGCAUGUGACAGAUUUAAGAUAUAAUCUUUCAGUUAUGUGUCUGAUUUAAAAAUUGUUAUAGGGUUAUGUGUUUGUAUGCCAAAUUAUUUUGCUUGUUCAUUUUUGGUUCUGUUAUUUGGUUGAAGACCAACAUUUAAUAUUAAUAUAUUUGUUACCGUAAUUUUUUAUUCAGAGGAUGCUUACAUUUGUGAAGUAUAAUACAUAUAUCCCAAUUUA